AUGUGGCCGAGCCACCCACGGCCCAAGCGAGAGAACCUCAGCUCUCGCCCUGAGCAAGCCAGAAGAAGGAAUGGCGCAGUGGUACUUGGUGCUGCGAUCGGGGCGGUGGCACUGAGCUCUGAGGUGCAGUGUUGGAUACCCCCGGCGCAGCCAGGCCUCACUGCUGAGCUCCGGCAGAGGCAGACGCCGCUUCGGUCGGCACAGGGCCCAGCUGCGCCGCUGGGCUUUGAACUACGGACUCCACAGCCGUUAGAGGCGCCGACCAGGGGUGUCGUAGAGCCCCUGCCGCUGGCUGCAAAGUGUGGUGGCCUCCGCGGUGCGGCGCCGCCCGCGGCCGUCCGGGCGAUGCAGGCAGUGCAUGGGCAGUCGAACAACCACUAUCAGCAGGUUGUCGACGCUUCAGCUGCAUCCCAAAGCCAGAUGUCCUACUUCGCCCCGCCGAAGACGACCCAAGCAGGGCAAUUCGCUCCAGGCGUGCUGGACCGAAUCAAGAUGCGUCUCGAGGGGCAGGGGACGUAUGCGGUGAUCAGCGCUCUAGUUGUGAAUAUGGGUAUCCGCUUGCUGAGUGGAAACUCCGCAGACAUGAUGAGCCAGGCCUGGUGUCCCAUAGCCUGCCUGUACUCCUGUGCGCUGGCCACUUGCGUCCUCUCUGGGGUCUACGCCACGAUUGUCUUCACUCUCACGAAGAUGUACUCCAUGACUGUCAUCGGAAACUACAAGGAUGCGCAGUUCAGCGAGUUUUUCCAAGAGACGACAAAGUACAGGGUUGCAGGCUUUUGGGCCUUCUGCGCGUCUCUGGGAAGCUUUGCUUUUGCCUUUGUGACUUUCUUCUUGUUGAAGGUGCGCGGCUUGCCCGGCAUUGCGGGAUGCGUGGUGGGCUUCGGCAUCGUGGUAAAGGCCAUGCUUGAUUUCCGCGGAAUUUAUCGCCGUGCAGGAAGAAUCCUGUCGUGA